AUGGUUGAGGUCAAGAACAAAGUCUGUCUGAUUGUGCACGACGGCUGGGGUAUCGCCCCCGAGAAGAACAUGAAGGGCGAUGCCAUCUCCGCCGGGGACACGCCCAACAUGGACGCCCUCGCCAAGGAGCACAACUACCGCACGUUGCACGCCCACGGGAUCUCCGUCGGGCUCAACGACGGGCUCAUGGGCAACUCGGAAGUCGGACACCUGAACAUCGGCGCGGGCCGUAUUGUAUGGCAGGACAUCGUCAGGAUCGAUGUGUCCAUCAAGAAGCGGCAGUUCCACAAGAACGAGACCAUUGUCGCGAGCUGUAAACACGCGAAAGAGGGCAAUGGCCGUCUGCACCUCCUCGGAUUGGUUUCUGACGGGGGUGUUCACUCGCACAUUCGCCACCUAUAUGCGCUCCUCGAGACCGCGAAAGAGCAGGGCGUUCCGCACGCAUACAUCCACUUUUUCGGUGAUGGUCGCGACACCGCACCGCGCUCCGCGGCGGGCUACGCCAAGGAACUGCUCGAGUUCAUCGAGAAGGAGAAGUACGGCGAGAUCGCGACCGUCGUCGGGCGGUACUACGCGAUGGACCGCGACAAGCGCUGGGAGCGAAUCAAGAUCGCCGUAGACGGGCUUGUGAAGGGUGUGGGCGGGAAGGGUGAGGAUGCCGUCAAGGCCAUCGAGGAGCGCUAUGCGAAGGACGAGACGGACGAGUUCUUGAAGCCUAUUAUCGUCAAUGGCGACGAGGGCCGCAUUAAAGAUGGCGAUACCCUGUUCUUCUUCAACUACCGGUCUGACCGUAUGCGCGAGAUCGCCACGGUUCUUGGCCUCCCUGACAAGCCCAUGGAGGUAGACGUGCCCAAGGAUCUCCACAUAUCUACGAUGUCGAGGUACAACGCCGACUUCCCCUUCCCAGUCGCCUUCCCGCCGCAGGCCAUGACGAACGUGCUCGCCGAGUGGCUCUCCAAGCAGGGCAUCAAGCAGGCGCACGUAGCCGAGACGGAGAAGUAUGCGCACGUCACGUUUUUCUUCAACGGCGGCGUCGAGAAGCAGUUCACGGCAGAAGAGCGGCACAUGAUCCCGUCGCCCAAGGUCGCGACGUAUGACAAGCAACCAAAGAUGAGCGUGCAGGGCGUCGCGGACAAGGUCGCGGAGCUCGUCAAGCAGGGCAAGCAUGAGUUCGUCAUGUGCAACUUCGCGCCGCCGGACAUGGUUGGGCACACAGGCGUUUACGACGCCGCGGUCGAGGCAAUCGGCUUCACAGACAAGGCAGUCGCGACGGUAUAUAAGGCCUGCGAGGCGGCGGGGUACGUUCUGCUCGUGACCGCGGACCACGGGAACGCGGAGCAGAUGAUCAACCCGGAGACGGGCGCGCCGCACACCGCGCACACGACGAACGCCGUGCCCUUCAUCAUGACCGGCCCCAAGGAGCUGAAGUUCGCAGAGGAUAAGAAGGAUGGUGAGGAAGAAGAGGGUGCGCUGUGCGACGUCGCGCCGACCGUGCUUGCUGUUAUGGGACUACCCCAGCCAGAAGAAAUGACCGGCCGUUCCCUACUUGCGAAGGCGUCUUAG